AUGUGGCUAUGACGUGUCUUCAAAAGUUUCAGGCUCAGAGUGAUGCACCAAACUCCUCUCUAAUUUUCACCACCACCAUUUUUUUUUUGGCAUAUAUUUAUUUAUUUUUCUCAAUCUCAAUCCACUCAUAACCAUAAAGGACACUCUUCCAAAAAGGUUGCUAGCUUUUCGUGAAUAUUUGAUUGACACAAACCAAUCCAAAGACAGCAUAUAUGGGUUUUUUGAAUUGAGCCAUGAAACAUUUUCCCUUUUGAGUUGAGGAAAUUUGAUCAAACCCCUUUUGGUUUUGGAACUGAUUCUUACUUGUUUAGCCACAAAAAGAGAAGAAAAAAAUGGCACUAGCUUCUAUUCCAAAAGUUGUGUUAGGCUCACUAGCCUUUGCAAUUUUCUGGGUAUUAGCAGUGUUCCCAGCUGUUCCUUUUCUACCAAUUGGAAGAACAGCAGGAUCAUUGCUUGGUGCAAUGCUUAUGGUCAUAUUUCGAGUUCUUUCGCCGGAUCAAGCCUACGCCGCAAUUGAUCUUCCAAUUCUUGGCCUUCUUUUUGGAACAAUGGUUGUGAGUGUGUAUCUUGAAAGAGCAGACAUGUUCAAGUACUUGGGAAAAUUGCUAUCUUGGAAGAGUAAAGGCCCAAAAGAUUUGCUUUGUAGAAUCUGUUUGAUUUCUGCAAUUUCAAGUGCUCUUUUCACCAAUGACACUUCUUGUGUUGUUUUGACUGAAUUCAUAUUGAAAAUUGCAAGGCAGCAUAAUUUGCCACCACACCCUUUUCUUCUUGCACUUGCUUCAAGUGCUAACAUUGGUUCCUCAGCAACUCCAAUUGGGAAUCCUCAGAAUCUUGUUAUUGCUGUUCAGAGUAAGAUUCCAUUUGGAGAGUUUCUAGUUGGUGUUCUUCCAGCUAUGCUUCUUGGGGUUGUGGUGAAUGCUUCAAUUCUUAUAUUGAUGUAUUGGAAGUUGUUGUCUGUUCACAAAGAUGAGGAGGAUCCAAAAGCAGAGGUUGUAGCAGAGGAGGAGGUUAAUUCUCAUCAGUUUUCGCCGGCUACAAUGUCUCAUUUUACUUCCAUGAAUUCACAAGAGUGGAAUAUGUGUCUGGACAAUGUUAGCAUUCAAAACUCUCCUCAAGUUCAGACCUUGAGAAACCGGGCAUCUCCGAAUGAAGGCGAAAUUUACAGGGUUCCUAGUAGCAUUGUGGAUUCCUCGAGGAACUCGAAUGCGUCGAAGGAGGCAGCGAAUGAAGUGGCUGAGAAGACUAGGGAGGAUCAUAAUCAUGUCAAGGUUGUUGAGGCAGAAUCAAAUAGUUUUGUUAUGCACUUUGCAGAAGGAAGAAUGGACUUUUUGGAUGAAAAGUGGAAAAGGGUUUUGUGGAAAUGUUGUGUUUAUAUGAUCACUUUAGGGAUGUUGAUUGCAAUGCUUUUAGGUUUGAAUUUGUCUUGGACUGCAAUCACAGCUGCACUAGCCCUGGUUGUUCUUGAUUUCAAAGAUGCUAGGCCAUGCUUAGAGAAGGUUUCCUAUUCACUUUUGAUAUUCUUUUGUGGAAUGUUUAUCACAGUAGAUGGGUUCAACAAAACUGGAAUUCCAAGUGCUAUGUGGGAAUUGAUGGAGCCAUAUUCCCAUGUAGAUCAUGCCACUGGCAUAAUAGUACUUGCACUUGUUAUACUAGUCCUUUCAAAUUUGGCUUCAAAUGUUCCAACCGUUCUGUUGCUUGGAGGGAGAGUAGCAGCAUCAGCAGCAGCAAUAUCAGCAAAAGAUGAGAAGAAAGCAUGGUUGAUACUGGCAUGGGUAAGCACCAUUGCAGGGAACCUCUCACUAUUGGGAUCAGCUGCAAACUUGAUAGUGUGUGAACAAGCUCGUAGAGCACCAAAUCUUGCUUACACCUUAACCUUCUGGAACCAUCUCAAGUUUGGUCUUCCUUCCACUCUCAUUGUCACUGCUAUUGGUUUGACUCUCAUAAGAUAGAUUAUAUUAUCAACAUCAAUUAUAUAUAUAUAUUCUCCAUAGAUUCAAUCUUCUUGUAGAAAUUUAUACAACAGUAAAGUCACUUGUAUACCCUACCCAUUUUUAAUCAUUAACUUGAGGUUAAGGGUACGUGUUAAGAUUUGCAAUAUGUACUAAAAUAGUGUCUGGGAAUUUAAAUUCUAUCGAUUAUAUUUCUGAAAUUGGCAAAAAUACACUAUGUUAAUCUUGUAAUAUUUUUUUUUCUCAUCAAAUGACUUAUCAUGUUGUUAAGGAAUAACAUGGUGUAUUUUUGUCUAAUCCAUGCAAUUAAAAUCCCAAAAAUUAUUUUAGUACAGGCCACAAUACUAAGAAAAAUAUGGUGAAAACUCAGAUGAAGUCGAGUUCACGUAAAGUUGAUAUCUGAGAGCGGUUAGAUGAAAAUUUAGUCAAAUCAGUCAAAUCAUCUAACGGCUCUCAGGUAUCAACUUCAUGUGAAGUCGACUGCACCUAAGUUUUCACCAAUAUACAUGUGUGUAAAUGAAACAUGGAUUUUCUGUGCUUUGACUUUUAAGUUAAGAUCAUUGAUCAUGUCUGAAACUUGGCAUGUGAUGCAUGAUGCAUCAUUGCAAUGAAA